GAACCCAAACAUCAUGAGAAUCAAAAAUCUGACAAAAAGUGACUCAGCAGAAUACAAAUGCUACAACAGUUACACAGAAUGGUCAUACUCUCAUUUCCCAGGAGUGAUGUUAGUCGUGACAGGCCUGGAAGUGGUGGUGACCCCCUCUGCUGUGGUGACAGAGGACAAGAGAGUAACACUGACCUGUAGUAGCAGCUGUCCUCUGACUGACAACACCUACAUCUGGUACUGCAACGGACAACCUCUGACCCUGACAGAGGGCCAACACAAACAGCUGGUUCUAGACCCAGUCAGCGCUCAGCAUGCAGGAAAAUACUCCUGCGCUGUGAGGAGCCACCAAAACAUCAAGUCGCCUGAGGAGACUCUCACUGUCAGAGGGCCAUCAUGGACAUUAGCAGCAGCUGCAGGAAUUGCUGCUGCUCUGCUACUUGUCAUACUCCUUUCCAUCUUCCUGUGGAUUAGAAGAAAAAGGACGUCAACUCAAACCCCCAGACCUGAAGCACAAGAAGACACAGAGCAGUUAAACCACCCGCCUGUGCACAGCAGCAUCUCAGCCGUGGGACAGGAGCCGAUCCGUGCAGCUCAGAGCAAACCAGCUGAGCAGGAUGAGCAUCACUACAGCAGCCUACACUUCUCUAAGAAAAAUCCCCUGUACUCCAUCGACCAGCCGCCCCAGCCCCAGCCCCAGCCAGAGGAGGAAGUCCAGUAUGCUGCUGUCAACAUCUGCAGCGCUGACAUCGCCCCCAGGUUCACUGUAUCAACAGGAGAUGAGUACUGCACAGUACACAAAAAAACCAAAAACAAUAAAUGAGCACCAUAAAGAGCAGUGUACAUAUGCAGUGUACAAAGAGUGUGUUAUAAAGUGAGAGAGCAAGAGGAAGGGAAAGAGUGAGGGUUUCCCCUUGUAACUGUUGACGUGGCAGCAAGGAUUCUCAACUUGCAUAUGAUCCUUUGUGCUUUGUCACAUCUUUGUAUAUUUUGAAUAUUUUUUGUGUGCACCUCUUCUCUCAUGUGUGUUUCUAUCAUUUCUUAUUGAUGCACUUGUGUGUGUUUUCAUAUUUCUAUGUGGUGUGUUUUGUGGACGUGCUGUGUAAACACUGGAAAUAAAACUGUAAUACAAAUAAGUUUCUUUAUUUUCCAUUUGGUAUCAGCGACACAAAAUCACCAUGAAGCUUCCCAAUGAAGCCAAAAAGUCCCACAAACUAACAGAAAGUGCCAUCAAGUUUAACUGUGACUGUGAAUAGUCCCACUAAGAUUGCUUUGGUGAUUGUUGAGUUUCUAAUGUCAAUAUCAACUCAUUUUGUUCAUUAUAUCAUUUAUUUUUUAUUUCUUUGUUCCUCAUUGUGUAUUUGUUUUUUUUAUAAGCCUCAAGGGGUGUUUUAU